AUGGCACUAACACUUCAGAAAUUUCUGAUUAUAAUUCUGUCGGAGAUUCUUGUUGCUGUCCUUGUUGCUUUGAUUUUUGCAUUUCUAUUCUGGCAGAGGCGUCGGCUAAGACCGACCCAGAGGUGUGCAGCUUCGUCGGAUGCACUGCGUCCGCAAAGGUGGGCCCAAAGGUUCACUCACAACCAGGUGAAGACCGCAAACAGCAAUUUCAGACAUAAGUUGGGGAGCGGCGGAUUCGGCACAGUGUUCAAAGGAACUCUACCAGACGGUACGCUUGUAGCCGUAAAGAAACUGGAGAGUUCAAAGCAAUGUGAAAAGCAAUUCCGAGCGGAAAUCAACUCCGUGGGAAUCAUAAAUCAUGCGAAUUUGAUACUGGAUUGGAGAACCCGAUUUGAGAUUGCAUUGGGUACUGCAAGAGGAUUACUUUAUCUCCAUGAGCAAUGCAGCGAGCGCAUCAUUCACGGCGACAUAAAGCCCGAAAACAUUCUGCUAGAUAAGGAUUUUACUCCCAAGUUGGGGGAUUUUGGCUUAGCAAAGCUUGUGGGUAGAGAUUUCAGCAAGGUGGUAACUGCUACGAGAGGAACGAGAGGAUACUUGGCUCCUGAAUGGCUCUCUGGCCUUCCCAUCACUCCCAAGGUUGAUGUCUACAGUUUCGGCAUGACUCUCUUGGAAAUUAUAUCUGGCCAGAGAAAUCUGGACCUAAAUGUGCAAGAACCAAGUAGGUACUACUUUCCAGCCUGGGUUAAAGAGCAAAUUUGUGAGAGAAACAUGAUAAAUAUUGUGGAUAAAAGGAUUGCAAGUGAUGCAGAUGUGGAAGAGGUGAGAAGAUCUGCCCUGGUAAGUUUGUUAUGCAUUCAAAAUGAUGAGAAGACCAGACCGAACAUGGCACAAGUGGUGCUGAUGCUUCAAGGUAAGACAGAGUCUCACGCCUCACAGAUUCCAAGCGUGACCAACCAGCGAGUGGAAGACCGACGGAACACUGAUGGCGAUGGCGAUGGCGAUUACAGCGAUACCGAUUGCAUUGUUUGA